AUGAAGAAAGAGCACAAGGUUUCUGCCCAUUUAACCGUCACUGAACAAAAUAAUGAAGAGUUGUCUGGCGAAGGUGGUGAAUAUGUGAAAAAAAAAAGGGAGUACAAAAAUUCUAGUUCCUCGGAUAAUGGAAAAUCAAGGGAUAAAUCAAGAAAAAGAAAACAUUCAGACAAUGAUCGAAAGGAUCGUAAGAAAAGGAAAAAGAAAGAAAAAAAAAUGAAAAGACAUCGAAAAAACAGAAAGUAUAAGAAAGGGUCUAGUGAUCUGAGCGAUGAAGAAUUGGAGAAUUUGGAGAAAAAGAAGGUGGACAUCGAAAAAAAACUUAACGAGUCAACUGUCGAAAAUAAACACAAAUCGUCAACUCUGGGAAAUAGUGAGCAAAAAAAUGUAAAUGAAAGCAAAGGAAUUUCAUGUGGCGAGGAAAUAUUCAGCAAAAGGGCCACAAUUGAAGAAAGAAUUAUUGAAAAUGAGAAGAAUGGAAGAUUAAAUAUGUCCAUCGAUACAUUUGUCGAUAAAGAUUUAACUAUAAAAGUAGUUGGAAAAAUUGGUGAAACUUCACUGAAUCGCGAUAGUGAAGAAUCUACAAAUGAUCAUAAAGAUGAGAAAGACGAGAAAGUAUUAUCGAUAAAAUUAAAAUCCCGAAAACGAUACGAUAUUAAAGAAGAUAACAAAUUGGAUUAUGAAUCUUCAGAUGAUGGUGAGCUCAGGAAAAAUAUGCACGAGCGUAAAAAAAGGCCAGGCAUUGAUACUAUUAUUGACAAGGAAGAGAAGGGAAAGGAGAAAAUGCUUGGUGAUAAUAUCAAAAGGAAAUUGGAUACCGAAGAAAUUCCAAGGAAUGAAAGUGGAAAAAAAAAAAGAUUUAGUGAAAGUGAUAAUGAAAAUAUAGGGAAGAAGACCAAAUUAAGAGGUGAACGAAAUCAAAAAGGUCACGAAGUUGCUCGGCAUGAAAAUGAUGAAAGACGGAGACGUCAUACUAAAUCUCCUGAAAGCAAGCGUCAUCGGUCUCCUGUUUCAUCUCGUUAUCGUGAUUCUUCUCGAAAUCGGCGACGUGAUAAUUCAAGUGAACGUCGAUAUGAUAAUUCCCAUGAACGUCGCCGAGGCGAUUCACGUGAACGCGGUCGUAAGGAAAUUUAUGAGGAACGCCGGCAUGACCAGUCAAAAGAACGAAGGAUUCGCAGAUCUCGCUCACCUCUCAAAAAACGAAUAGAUAUUCAGAUUCGGUCUCACAGAUCUCGUUCUGUGGAGCGUCGUAGAGAUUAUCGUUCAUCAUCUCGCGAUCGUGCCAGGCGGCGAACUACAAACAACAAUAUAUUUCGCGGACGUCGCCGUUCAGGUUCGAGAGAUCAUAAAAGAAUUCCAUCUCGUGAUAAGAAACAAAAUCGAGGAUCAUCGCGAGAUGAAAAACGCAGCGGUAGACCACGACGCCACUCUUCAAAAUCACGAGUUAAACAAGAUGACGCUGGAAAAUCCGAUCAAAGCAUAUCUCAGAAGAAGGAAAUAGUGAGGCGACAUGUUCAUAGUAAUAGUAUGAGCUCUGUUGAGUUCAAUGAUUCUGAUGAAGAGGAGCAGAAAAAAAUUGAAGAACUAAGGCGAAGAAGGCGGCAGCUUCUCAUGGAAAUGGAGAAGCAGAAUGGGAAUGAUAAUAGAUUUGCGAAAAAACCACUUCGUAAAUUAUCAUCUGAGAAAUAUAAUAAGAUUUUUGUGUCGCAAGAAAAUACUGCAAACAGCAAUGAAAUUUUGAAAGAAGCGAAAACCGAGAAACGCACUCAACAAGAUAAUAAGCAAGAGGAAAAUGAUAGUUACGAAGAAGCUCAAAGAGUUUGCUUUGAAACUAGUCCGAGUACUGAAUGCAGCGAACAAAACGCAAAAUUUGACUGUGAAAAUAGUAAAGGACGCGAGGAAAGUGUGGUUACUCAAGAUUUUGAAAAUAGCGAUAACGAUAUUUCAAACAGUGAAAGUCCGACGAAAGGAAACAUCGUAUUAAAAGAAGCUGAACGCGAAUUGGAGAAGGGUUAUGACAGUGAUAUUUCCAAUUCUAGUACUCCUAUAUUAAAUUCUGAUAAUGAUACUCCAGGUGAUUUCUUCGACGAACUCAAAGAAAAAAUGGUCCACAUAAAGGGCCAGGAGGAAUCUGAAGUUGAUCGAGCUCUCAAAAAAGCGGUAGAAGAAGAGGCUGAAGAACAAAGAAGACAAUGUGGGGAGGAUGUUGGAAAGAUUCAUAGAGACAGCGGUGAUAAUGUUACUUUUGAUAUGUUCGCUACUGAUUCGGAGCUGCCGACAGAGAUACUGGCAUCACUUAUGGUUUUUACAGUUUUCAUCAUACAUAGUCUUGAAGAAGGCAGCUAUAAUCGUUUCGGGCCAAGAUGCUGCAAAUGCUUCUCUUAA